CACACUACAUAGAUGGAGAAUAAGAGGAACGUGACCGAAUUCAUCUUGAUAGGUCUUACACAGAACCCCCAAAUACAGAAAGUAGUGUUUAUGACAUUUUUGGUUCUGUACAUGGUGACAGUUUCAGGCAACCUUCUCAUUGUGGUUACUAUCAUUAACAGCAAGGCUCUGAGUUCCCCCAUGUACUUUUUCCUGAGCCACCUUUCCUUGAUAGACACGAUUUAUACUUCUUCUUCAGCUCCAAAGCUGAUUGCAGACUCCCUUCAAGAGAACAAAGUCAUCUCCUUUAAUGGAUGCAUGGUGCAAGUUUAUGCAGAGCACAUUUUUGGUGCUACUGAGAUCAUCCUCUUGACAGUGAUGGCCUAUGACCGCUAUGUGGCCAUCUGCAAGCCUCUGCACUAUGUGACCAUCAUGAACCACAAGCUGUGCAUUCUCCUGGUGGGAGUGGCCUGGACUGGAGGGUUUCUCCAUGCAACUAUUCAGAUCCUCUUUACAGUCUGGCUGCCCUUCUGUGGCCCCAACAUCAUAGACCAUUUUAUGUGUGACUUAUACCCAUUGUUGGAACUUGUCUGCAUGGACACGCACACCCUUGGUCUCUUCGUUGCUGCCAACAGUGGAUUCAUCUGCCUAUUUAACUUCCUCCUCUUGAUGGGAUCCUAUGUGAUCAUCUUGCCCUCUCUAAAGAACCAUAGCUUGGAGGGAAGACACAAAGCCCUCUCCACCUGUGUGUCUCACAUCACAGUAGUGAUUUUGUCCUUUAUUCCUUGCAUAUUUGUGUAUCUACGCCCAGUGACCACUCUGCCAAUUGAUAAAGCAGUUGCUGUUUUUUACACUAUGGUGGCUCCUCUAUUGAAUCCUUUAAUCUAUACCCUCAGGAACUCUGAGGUAAAAAAUGCAAUAAGAAAGCUCUGGAGAAAAAAUAAUGUGAAUUCAGAUAACAACUAA